AUGAACAACGGCGUCGUUACGAAUAAGAAAUUGGUUAUUCAUCGAGCUGGGCAAUGUGUCGGUUACAAAAAUUUACCCAUCUAUCUACCGGAUAUGCGGGUUGAACCGUACAAUAGUACCCUGAAACAGAUGGCGGUUAGUGGGUAUACCGUGUUUCGGGAGGAUUUCCCAAAUGGCUGGAAGGUAUCGGUGUCGAUUAAGAAGUGUGACGACUUCCGAGCGACCGCUAACUGUCGAGCUGUGCUGAACAACAUUGCCAAUUCGGAUGCCUGCACACUGCUACGAGUGGGAGCAAUGUACAUGAAGUAUAUGGAAAAUAUGAAACCGAAAAUGGCGUGUCCUUUCAGGGCUGGCAACUACACUUACGAAAAAACUUUAGUGGAUGAUGAUCUGAUCAGGUUCAUGCCGGGGUCAGGGAAGACAUUCUGGGAUAUUGAAGUAAUUGGGAGAGUGAAGGAACGAAUUGUCACUUGCAUUCAACUACAGUUCAAAGUUAUUCCAAAAAGAGGCUCGUAG